UUCCCUGCCUUCCACCCACAGCCCUGCCAGCUGGCAGGAAGAAGGUCAGCAAAGCUGCUGAUAAGAGGUGUAUAAAGAGGUUGGCUCAAGGCAAGGGACAGUGGUCUACUCUGCUGGCAACAUGCUGUGCUUCAUGGUGUUCGCCACCCUGGUCCUUUAUGGAAACAGCAUCCCGAACUUUCCAGAAACUAAUGCUCGGGUGGUUGGAGGGACUGAGGCCCAGAAGAAUUCCUGGCCCUCUCAGGUUUCCCUCCAGUACCAGUCUGGAAGUUCCUGGUUUCACACUUGUGGAGGGACCCUCGUCAAAAAGAACUGGGUGUUGACAGCGGCUCACUGCGUGGACCACCCAAUGGUCUUCCGUGUGGUGGCUGGGGACCACAACCUCGGAAAGGAAGAAGGGACGGAGCAGUACAUGGAAGUGGAUAAGAUCGUGAUACACCCGUACUGGGACAGCAAGGACGUGGCUGCCGGCCAUGACAUCGCCCUGCUGCGUCUAACCCAGAGCGUUACCCUCAAUAGCUAUGUCCAGCUGUCUGCUCUGCCCCUGAAAGGAAUCAUUCUGAGAAACAAAUAUCCUUGCUCCAUCACAGGCUGGGGCAGGACCAGGACCGAAGGACAGCUAGCCCAGACCCUUCAUCAGGCGCCCAUGCCCACCGUGGACCAUGCCACCUGCUCUCACCCUUCCUACUGGGGUUCCGCUGUGAAGACCACCAUGAUGUGUGCUGGUGGAGAUGGAGUUAACGCUGGAUGCCAGGGUGAUUCUGGAGGUCCCCUCCACUGCUCGGUGAGAGGCAAGUAUGCUGUCUACGGAGUGACCAGCUUUGUGUCUAGCCUGGGCUGUAAUGUCUCCAUGAAGCCCACAGUCUUCACCCGGGUCUCUGCUUACAUCUUUUGGAUAAAUAAGUUGUUGCUCCCUUUCACAUCCAGAUCUGGAGCCCUGGCUCCUUUAGGCACUCUCCCACUAGCAAUUCCAGACUCAGAGCCAACCUCUCAGGCUGUAGCUAAACCGCAACCUGGGGCAAGAAAUACAGUUGACUUGCCCACGCCACACGAAUACUCCUAG